UAAAGAUGAGUUGGAUACUGAUGUUCUAUUCUCUGAAGGACCGCCGUGAAAGUUUUGUUAGAUGUUUCUCAAAUUUUAUUGAAGUUUUUUUUAUAAGUGUAUCACAUACAUAAAUAUUUUCGUGCAUAUAUUAAUUAAAUAUUUUAUUAACUAACAAAUAAAAAUAUUUUUUUUUCAAAAAUAUGUAAUUUAUUGGAAAUAAUUUUUAAUAAUAAAUGGCAAUUCAAAAAAGACUCUGAAAUAGUGUAUAUUUUGGUGCAAAUUUUAAUCAAUUGUGAUUUCAAUAGUUUUUAAAACAUGCAGUCACAGCUUUCUAAAAAAAUUAUUGAAAAGAUCGUGAUUUUAUGCUGUUUCUUAAACCUAAUAAUUGCUGGUGUUCUUCAACAAAGAUUUCCUUGCGCGCCAAUCGAUGCAAUCGCUGCCAAUGGUGCUGCAGUACCUGUAACUUGUGCUCUUAAAUCAAUUGGAGGCAAAGUAGAGCCGGUAUUUCCGACUUAUGUGAAAGUUUCCUCUCCUAUUUCGUACAGAUUAUUACCGAAGACGUCAUCAUUGGUGUAUAUUGCUCCACCAAUUAUUAAAACGGCCUCCGCUAUUGUUGCGACUGAUACGAAAAACGAAAAAGAAGCAGAAUAUAUGGCCUAUCCAAGAUAUUCGUUUAACUAUGGUGUUCUUGAUGGAUACACCGGUGAUUCAAAAUCGGCAUGGGAAGAAAGGGAUGGUGACACGGUGAAGGGCGAAUAUUCCGUGGUCGAGGCGGAUGGAUCAAUUCGGACAGUCACAUAUACAGCUGACGAUCAUAAUGGUUUCAACGCAGUUGUAACCAGGAAUGAGCCUCCGAAAAAUGUGAUAAAACAAGAUGGUAAUUUGAAAGCAUUUUUACCAGUGACUAUUAUUCCUAAUCCUCGUUAGAGAUAAAAAAUUUAUAUAAUUAUUCUAUAAAGAUUUUUAAAAGAUACGUAUAGAUAAAUGUAUAGAAUUUUUCAAUUUUAUUGUGAAAAAAAAAAUACAUCAUAUUGUUAUUUUUCAUGUCUAAAAUUUAUUUUCUAAAAAUAUGCCAAAUCUUUGUUUCUUCUCAGAAUUAAUUUAUUUAAUUGAAAUAUUUUUUAUGUCUUUCCCUUACAUAUUAUUAUAUAAUUCAAUUAAUUCUAAAUUCUUUACUAACAAUGUUUUAUUUAAAUACAAUAGUUACAAAAAAUAUUUUUCAAUUUUUUUUUAGUAUUUUUUUCUUAAUAUUUUUACAAAUGUAAAUAAUAACAUUUUUACGAAGAUUACAGAUAAACUUAUAUUAGAAAAGUAUUAAUAAAAACAAUUUAAUUAGAAAAAUAAACUAAUCAAUAUGAAGUUUGAAAUUAAGAAUAAUGUAAUUACAAAAAGUAGUUUAAUUACCUAAUUUUAUUUCCUUACGUAAUAAUUAAUAUUUUCUACAACUACAACCUCUGUACUGCCUUUCUAUAUACAUUAAAUAUAAAAUAAAAAAUCUCUUAUAUAAUAAAAAUAAUGGAAUGCUAAUUAUUUCUAACAUAAAUCUUUUAAAAACGUAAACUAUUGUACUAUUUAAAUUGAAACUAAAAAUAGCUUUAUCUCUUAUAAUAAUAAUAGAGCGAAUAAACAGAGCAAUUAUAAAAUUUGACUAAUCUCAACUAAUGGUAACAUAUUUCAUAUUUUUUACGCAUAAGAAAAAAAUUACAAAAAAUAGAAAAGAUUCCGAUACUUUUACUUCUUAUAUCUAAUAUAUGUAUAUGUACUAUUCAACUAACGCAACCCUUCUAUCAUCUUAUUCCUAGACCUGAAAUUUAUAUUUGUACAAUAUUAUAUUUAUCGGUUUUAAAUCAAUUAAACAUAAAUAGAAAUACUAUUUGGAUGGCAAAAUGACCUUUUAUCACUUAAAAUUUUAUCCUACAACUAACAUUCUUAUCGCUAAUGAUAAAGACUAUAGCAUUCACUUUUCUAUAGAAAUUCAAUGUUUUCUAGAAUCGAAUAAAAGUUAAAAGAGGAAAAAAAAA